GCUUGUCCAGUUGCAAAUAAACAAGAAUAUUAGGCAUGUCGAGCUCGGUAUUGCAAAUUUUUGGAGUGCUCUGUGUGGCUGUGCUAGUGGCGCAGGUGGUGCAGUCAGCUCCACCCAAUGGCCGUGUGGUUGGCGGAGAAGAUGCAGUGAACAGUCAGUUCCCCCAUCAAGUAUCAUUGCGUAAUCGUGGCUCGCAUGGUUGCGGUGGAUCUAUUAUUUCACGUAACUACGUUCUCACCGCCGCCCAUUGUGUGACCUAUGCGGAUGAAAAUGGAGAUUAUCAUGCCUCUCCGGCGAGUCAAUUCAGUGUGCGCGCCGGCUCGAAUGAUCGUCUCAGCGGUGGCGUUCUGAAAGACAUCAUAUCGAUUACCGUGCACGAGGAUUAUGGUAACUUUUUGAAUGAUGUCGCCCUGCUGCAGGUGGAAAGCCCGUUCAUCUUUUCGGACAGCAUUAAGGCCAUCUCGCUGCCCAGCCAAAAUACACCCGGCAAUGUCGAUAUCAUCAUCUCUGGCUGGGGUUUGGUUAAACAUCAGGGGGAUCUGCCACGAUACUUGCAAUAUAACACACUGAAAUCGCUGACAUUUAACGAUUGUGAUGAUGCCAUCGGCUGGGGUGUCACCAAUGGACUGUGUCUGGCCCAUGAGGUCGACAAUGGGGCCUGCAAUGGAGAUUCAGGUGGUCCAGCCACCUACAAUGGUGAAUUGGUCGGUGUUGCUGGUUUCGUUGUUGGCGGUUGUGGAAAUUCCUAUCCAGAUGGCUAUGCUCGUGUUCAUUACUUUAAUGACUGGAUCAAAAAGAAUUCAGACGUUUGAAAAAUCAGUUAAUUAUAAAAUAUAAAAACGAUACAAAAAAAAAAAGAAGAAAUCUCGGAUUAUUUUUGAUUGCGGAACCAAUUAGAGAG